GGAGGGUGUCACGCGUGGACACCACUUGUUAUUGCCAUCACAUGGAGAGAUACAGAGACAGAGAGUGGUCAGGAACCAUGGAAAACUAUAAGGGUUGAAUUCAAUAGAUUAGCAGCGCAUCAGCCCAUGGACCAUCACCGUCUGGUGUUACCAGGGGGCAAGCGGACAUCCAGUUCCAGCUCCAGCAGUACAGUGUCUUCAACCACCAGGACUGCGACCACUGCAACAACCACGAGCGAGAGUUCCAGCACGACGGUGUCUUCAUUUACUGUGAGUACAACCAGCGAGAGUUCCAGCACGACUUGGUCCUCGACCACUGGGACAUCAACGACAACCAGUGUGAGUUCCAGCACGACGCUGUCCACGACCUCUACAAGUUCAUCCACACGAACGUCGACAACAGUAAGUGCAACCACCGAGAGUUCCAGCACAACGGUGUCCUCAACCAGUGGGACCCUAACAACAGUGAGCACAACCUCCGAGAGUUCCAGCACGACCGGGUCUACGACUUCUGCAAGUGCAACCACAGUGAGUUCAAGUUCUAGGAGUUCCAGCACAACGGUGUCCUCAACCAGUGGGACCCUAACAACAGUGAGCACAACCUCCGAGAGUUCCAGCACGACCGGGUCUACGACUUCUGCAAGUGCAACCACAGUGAGUUCAAGUUCUAGGAGUUCCAGCACAACGGUGUCCUCAACCAGUGGGACCCUAACAACAGUGAGCACAACCUCCGAGAGUUCAAGCUCCAGCAGUACGGUGUCCUCAACCACCAGGACAGCGACCACUGCAACAACCACGAGCGAGAGUUCCAGCACGACGGUGUCUUCAUUUACUGUGAGUACAACCAGCGAGAGUUCCAGCACGACCUGGUCUGCGACGUCGGGGAGUUCAACCACUGCCAGUACAAGUAGCGAGAGCUCCAGCACGACUGGGUCCUCGAGCACUGCGAGCUCAAUCUCUGCAAGUUCAAUCACGGUGAGCACCACCAGCGAAAGUUCCAGCACGACUUGGUCCUCGACCACUGGGACCUCAACUACAACCAGUGUGAGUUUCAGUACGACGCUGUCGACGACCUCCACAAGUUUAUCCACACGAACGUCGACAACAGUAAGUGCAACCACCGAGAGUUCCAGCACAACGGUGUCCUCAACCAGUGGGACCCUAACAACAGUGAGCACAACCUCCGAGAGUUCCAGCACGACCGGGUCUACGACUUCUGCAAGUUCAACCACAGUGAGUUCAAGUUCUAGGAGUUCCAGCACAACGGUGUCCUCAACCAGUGGGACCCUAACAACAGUGAGUACAAUCUCCGAGAGUUCAAGCUCCAGCAGUACGGUGUCCUCAACCACCAGGACAGCGACCACUGCAACAACCACGAGCGAGAGUUCCAGCACGACGGUGUCUUCAUUUACUGUGAGUACAACCAGCGAGAGUUCCAGCACGACCUGGUCUGCGACGUCGGGGAGUUCAACCACUGCCAGUACAAGUAGCGAGAGCUCCAGCACGACUGGGUCCUCGAGCACUGCGAGCUCAAUCUCUGCAAGUUCAAUCACGGUGAGCACCACCAGCGAAAGUUCCAGCACGACUUGGUCCUCGACCACUGGGACUUCAACGACAACCAGUGUGAGUUUCAGUACGACGCUGUCGACGACCUCCACAAGUUUAUCCACACGAACGUCGACAACAGUAAGUGCAACCACCGAGAGUUCCAGCACAACGGUGUCCUCAACCAGUGGGACCCUAACAACAGUGAGCACAACCUCCGAGAGUUCCAGCACGACCGGGUCUACGACUUCUGCAAGUGCAACCACAGUGAGUUCAAGUUCUAGGAGUUCCAGCACAACGGUGUCCUCAACCAGUGGGACCCUAACAACAGUGAGCACAACCUCCGAGAGUUCCAGCACGACCGGGUCUACGAUUUCUGCAAGUUCAACCACAGUGAGUUCAAGUUCUAGGAGUUCCAGCACGUCGGUGUCCUCAACCACCAGGACCUCUAUCACGGUGAGUGCAACCACCCAGAGUUCGAGAACGACCUGGUCCGCAACCUCCGAGAGUUCAACCAUCGUGAGUUCCAGCACGACGGUGUCUUCAACCUCUGGGAGCUCAACCACAGAAAUUUCGAUCACAAUUAGCACAAACAGCGGGAGUUCCAGCACGACAGUGUCUGCAUCCACUGCGACUGCGACCACAAUUACAACUUCCGAGAGUUCCAGCAUCACUUGGUCCUCGACCUCGGGGAGUUCAGCCACUACGACUGCAUCCAGCGGGAGUUCCAGCACGACGCUGUCUGCAACCACUGGAACGAUGACGACCACGAGUACAUCCAGUGAAAGUUCCAUCACGACCCAGACCGCGACCACUCAGAGUUUAACCACUGUGAGUACAACCAGCGAGAGCUACAGCGCGACGGUGUCUUCAGUGAUGAUUAUUCCUGAAUGGCCGCUCGCGUUAUCGCUGCAGUCGCUGUUCGAGGGUUCAUGGUGGCGCCAGCGGGGCGCGCUGGCCCUGUUGCUGCUGUCAAUGGCCAUCGGCAUUUUCGUGCGGUCUGGUAGGCUCUGGCAGUCGAUCCUGCAUGAAGAAUUCCCUCACUUUGAGCGUACGCCAGAGAGGUCGGCCGCGCGAGUCGAAGCCACAGGCUGGGACGUCCACGCUGCCAGCAUCCUUCCUAGUCACAGCUGCUUCUCCUCCAUGGCGAUCCGCGUGGCCGUCGCGCUGUCCAGCGUCGAGAUCCGGUGCGAGGAGUUUGCGAACAGAGGGCUCACGGAGAGCCUCAGCUUGGUGACAACCCUGAAUUGCCUGCACCAUUUCGUUCUGGCAGACGCGGGCGUCUCUGGCGUGAACCUCCAGCGCGUGGGCCUGGCCGCUGCGCAGGACGGCCCCAAGAGCGACGCCUGGCGGAUCUGCGAGAGGCUGCUGCGCGCCAUGCGCUCGCUGGAGCGCGGUGAGCGCUGCACCCUCGGGCGCGGCCUGGAGGCGCGGCUGUGGCUCCUGUUCUGCUGGCUGCACCCCAUCCUCGGCCUGUGGGCGCACUGCCUCGGGCAGCGAGGGGCCUGGGCGCGGCGAGCCCUCGCGGCGGUUGCCAGGCUGUUCGCGUCCCUGGCGUGCUGCGCCCUGCUCCUGCUCGUCCAGGCCGAGAGCCCCGUCAGUGCCGUCUGCAUGCUGCCAGAGGAGGGACUGUGGCACGAGCUGGACUUACAGGCCGUCCUGGGCGGUUGCGGCAUCGCUGCGCUGGGAGGGCUCGCGGCCCGGGUGGUGGCCGCCCCCCUAGGGGCAUUCGGCGCGCUCGCUGGCCCCGUAUUGCUCCUCGGCUCGUCGGUGCUCGUGAACGUGACGUUUCUUGCGAGCGUCUGCAUGAUCGACGCCGACCGCUGGAUACUCGCCCUCAUCGCGAGGCUUGUGAUAUGCUGGCUGCUGGCCCCUGCCGUGCAGGUCGCGCUCUGCGUCGUCCCGUGUGCACACGGUGCCAAGCGCCGGCCAGCGGUCUUGCUGGCCGCCUUUCGAUGCCUCCGGCUGGCCAUCGCGCCACCAGUAGCCAAGGAGCUGGAGUCACCUGACGACUUCGAGCGCGGUGCCAGCGCCUGCCUGAGGUCACUCCCUGGCGCCCCUCUCGCGGCCAAUGGGCUGAUCGCUGCCGUCGGCGAGCUCGAGGCUGCUCCACACCCGCCGAGCUCCGCGACGCGUGAGGCCCUCUGGGCCGCCGCACCCGAGGGCCCCCCUCGGCCUGCGUGCAGACUCCCAGGCCGCCUCGCUGUGCCGGAGCCCCCCGCGGGCUCGCCCGCGGUGCUCCGCCUGGCGCCGAGCCCGCGACCCAGGCUGCCGGCGCCCACGUCGGGCGAGGCCGCCGGGGGCGGCUCGGGCGGGGCCACCGGGCCAGCGAGCACGCGGGCGCGGCCGCAGGCGACGCCUGGGCACCUGCUGGCGGAGGUGGUGUCCGUGGAGCCCCUGGCGGCACCGUUGGCCACUCUGCCGGGCCAGCCCGAGGCGCUGCUCGCGAGGACGCUGGGCGCGCAGCGGGCGUUGAAGACGAUGUCCCCGAGGCCGUCUGUGAUGGGUGGUCCCCUGGGCGACGCCAGCGAGCCGGAGCCUCCGCCUGACUUUGAUCCAGGGCAGUAGGCCUUUGUGUUGGGGCCGCCUGGGCGACGGCGCAGCCGCCAGCCUCCGUGCACCUCUGCGAGCGGCGACCUCUGCAAGAGGGCAUCUCGUGGGCAACGUCAGUGUGGUCUGACCUACCCUCAUCCCCACUGCGCCAUUGUACCUCAUUCCCACCAGCCUCGCCUCCCAGGUGGGAAUAGGCCCCGCGAAACGAGCAGGCCCUUCGCCAGGGUGAUUGGCAUGUUCUUGUCCCCGCGCAGCUUGCUCAUCCGCUUGCUAGGCGCGGAUGCCCGAGAGGGCCCGCGUCCCCGCUGCCAUGACCGGCGCUUUUCCCCGUGCCGCCCGUGCUUUCGCACGCUCGCGGCGCACGCGCGCCAGCCGUGCGUCGUGCCGGCACGGCAGCUGUGGACCGCACGCUCGCAACCACACGCGUUAGCGUGCCAGCUUGUCGUGGGCAUCGCACGUUCGAUGCGCACGCGCGCCGGACGGUGCCGUGCUGGCACGGCAGAGGCAGUCGGCAGGGGUUCCCCCCGAGGUCCCAAGACCCCCUCGCGUCACGAGAAAC